GCCCCGCGAUUGGGGCCUUCUCGAUCCCGCGCCGCUGCCGUCCGCCGGCCCGUCCGCCCCGCGCAGCUCUUCUCCUCGUCGCGGGAGCCGCUCGGGCGCAGGGCGGCGCGCCGAGACCCGCAGGCUGCAACGCCGCGGCCCGGCCCGGCACACCGGCAAGUUCGCCGAGAGUUGAGGCGAAGUUUGGGCUGCGCGGCCGGCCCCGGGCUCCGCGCCCCCGGCGUCCCGCCGCUCUCAGCCCCGCCGGGGGCGCCCCUCUCCGCCUGCGUUCCCUCCCCAACCAUGUCGUCCAUCCUGCCCUUCACCCCGCCGAUCGUGAAGCGCCUGCUGGGCUGGAAGAAAGGCGAGCAGAACGGGCAGGAGGAGAAGUGGUGCGAGAAGGCGGUCAAGAGCUUGGUCAAGAAGCUUAAGAAGACGGGGCAGCUGGAUGAACUGGAGAAGGCCAUCACCACGCAGAACGUCAACACCAAGUGCAUCACCAUCCCCAGGUCUUUGGAUGGCCGGCUGCAGGUGUCCCAUCGGAAGGGGCUCCCCCAUGUCAUCUACUGCCGCCUGUGGCGAUGGCCUGACCUGCACAGCCACCAUGAGCUGCGGGCCAUGGAGCUGUGUGAAUUCGCCUUCAACAUGAAGAAGGACGAGGUCUGCGUGAACCCCUACCACUACCAGAGGGUAGAGACACCAGUUCUACCUCCUGUGCUGGUGCCACGGCACACAGAGAUCCCGGCCGAGUUCCCCCCGCUGGACGACUACAGCCAUUCCAUCCCUGAGAACACCAACUUCCCCGCUGGCAUCGAGCCCCAGAGCAAUAUUCCAGAGACCCCACCCCCUGGCUACCUGAGUGAAGAUGGAGAGACCAGCGACCACCAGAUGAACCACAGCAUGGACGCAGGUUCUCCAAAUCUGUCCCCAAAUCCGAUGUCCCCAGCACACAAUAACCUGGACCUGCAGCCAGUCACCUACUGCGAGCCAGCCUUCUGGUGCUCCAUCUCCUACUACGAGCUGAACCAGCGCGUCGGGGAGACAUUCCAUGCCUCGCAGCCUUCCAUGACGGUGGACGGCUUCACUGACCCCUCCAACUCCGAGCGCUUCUGCCUAGGCCUGCUGUCCAAUGUCAACAGGAACGCUGCCGUGGAGCUCACGCGGAGGCACAUCGGGCGAGGCGUGCGGCUCUACUACAUCGGAGGGGAAGUCUUCGCAGAGUGCCUCAGCGACAGCGCCAUCUUCGUCCAGUCUCCCAACUGUAACCAGCGCUACGGUUGGCAUCCAGCCACCGUCUGCAAGAUCCCACCAGGAUGCAACCUGAAGAUCUUCAACAACCAGGAGUUCGCCGCCCUCUUGGCUCAGUCUGUCAACCAGGGCUUCGAGGCUGUCUACCAGUUGACUCGAAUGUGCACCAUCCGCAUGAGCUUCGUCAAAGGCUGGGGAGCAGAGUACAGGAGACAGACAGUGACCAGCACCCCCUGCUGGAUUGAGCUGCACCUGAAUGGGCCUUUGCAGUGGCUUGACAAGGUUCUCACCCAGAUGGGCUCCCCCAGCAUCCGCUGUUCCAGCGUGUCUUAGAGACCCUGGGAGUGAAGAGGGAGGGGAGGAGCGGGCAGGCUUGGGGAAAAUGGCCAUGGAGGAGAAAGGAGAAAAUCAGAACUCUCCUCAACCUGUUCUUGUCAAGGAAGAAAAUCUUCUCUCUCAACCAAGGUGGCACCAACCUGUUUUCCAAAGCACAGAAGCAAACCCAGUGAUGGAUUUUAUGAACAGUUGUACCUGCUGAACACAUAUGCCCUAGGCUCCAGUGUGAAGGGCAAGAAAUGGCUUCUGCUCCAGUGGCUUGUGCCAACAGGUAGUGUUUUACCACCUGCCCCUUCCUGCAGCCACCUCCUUUUUUAAUGAUAUCUGGGAUGUCACAGUCCAACAGGAAAGCCUCUCUGCCCAGGGCUUGGUGUGGAAUUCAUCUUGGAAGAGUGUUCCAGUUCUCUGGCACUUUUGAUUAAGAGCCUCUGGGAUAGAGCAUUCCCAGCCGCACCCCACUAUGCUGGCAGUGGGCACCUGAUGAGCUGACUGCAUGUGGGGAGGGGCUUGCCCGGCUGGCUCCCCUCUCAGAACACACUGAUUGGUGUGAGCAAGCAUGUUCGGCAGAAUGUGUUCCUGGGACCCUGGGAAAAGUUGACGAGACCCAUCUCUCCUUUAAAAACUUUUUGCCCUUCCUCACUUGGAAAAGUGGGAAGGAUCUGCUGAGUCUCAGUGCGUAUGCAAUGUAUAGUUUCUAUUAUCACAUUAAUCUCAAAGAGAUUUGAAUGACAUUAAGUGUUCACAUGAAGCAAAGGGCAGUUGGAUGUAGUGGCAUUUGGGCUGAGGCAGCACUACCGCGAGUGCAUCCCCGGUUGUCUCGCGCCGUAUUCUGAUGCAUUCGGCUAUGUUGGUUUAUGUAGUCGGUUGCAUUAAUUAAACCAACUUUAUCAUAUGCUCUUUUAAAUGUUUGUUUUAUAUUAAAAAACAAAAGUUCCUGGGUAGGCAUAUCGACUGGGAAAGCAGACUGGGAUCCAACAACUACUUCUCUCCCAACGUGAAGCUUUUCCAGGUUCUGUUGAGACACCUGCCAGCACUUUUGGAAGCUGAAAUUUACAGAAGUAAAUUCACCAGAAGGGAAAAAUCUCAGGCUAACAUAGGCAAAUGAAAAGGGCUAUUAAAAUUUUUUUAUACCUUUGAAAAUUGCAGGCUUGGUGAAAAGAGAUCUGUCAUCUUCGCCCUGAGACGUGAUAUUAUGUAGCUUGUGGCAGAGGAUCCUCAGUAACAACUAUUGCAGUGAUGCUGUGUGUUAAGUACAGCACCCAAGGGCAAUUAGGUAGAAAACUAGUAUACAUUAUUUCAACUGGAAAAAGAAAAACCGAAACUGAUUCUUUUACUGGCCUUUUGCAGAAUACAGCAGACACAGGAUUGCCACCUGCAACUGGUACUUUUUUCUUUGCUGCUGUUUUUAUAUGAAAUGACUUAUCCACAUUUUUGCAUGAAUUUAUACCAGGAAAAAAAGGGGGGAGGGGAUUUCCUAUGGAAGUCCUGUCUUAUUCUAGGUGAAGGGAAUAAAGUGUAUACUUUUGGCAGGUCAGAAACCAUAAAUGUGAUGAAAUUCCUCAUGCUCCUUGAAGAUGUCGGGGACUUCCUGGCAUCUCACCUGCAGGAUCCAGUGCCCCUGCAGCUAUGGUCUUGAGAUUCCCAUUUAGGAGAGCUGCUCCCUACACCUUCUGAGGACACAGGAAGAGAUGGAAUGAAUACCUUGCUCACUUGUGUGAGUCUUUCCACAAGGGUGUUGACAGAACCCAGAGAUAAUACAAACCCUCUCACUUCCUCAGAUAGGUGCAAAUGCUGUGGGUAUGGAAUUUGUGCUUGGCUAAAAGUGGUCUGUAGAUUGCUACACACACACACACACACACACACACGAGGCCUUCUGAACCUCCCGUGUGUGCCUUCAUGCUCCUGGUCAGCUCAGAACUCGGGGCAGGAAUAUUCCAUUUUGGCUUCUGCUGGAGCAAUCACAGCCCCUCGCAUGCAAGCUGCGGGCAGUGGUUUCUGAGGCUCGCACUCCUCACCUAUUACGUAAGAGCUUCCUGUGGCACAGUUGUCCUCCAGGUGCUUGGGGACAGCUUCAGGUGUAACACAAUCUUGGUGAUGUGCUGGUCAUAACUGGCUGCAUUUUGGAGGGUGUCUUAGAACCCUCAAUGCUCAGAUCUGAUGGAUGCUUCUAAUUGGCAUGAAGUUUUGAGUUUUGUGUUUUUUUCCAAAGGCUGUUUUCUUGACCCUUCUCCUUAAGAGACCACCAGAGGAUAUGUGAGGAAACUGUAGGCAGAUCUACCUUUGGCAUCCGUGAAAAUAAAUUUGGUCAUUUUUGGAUGUCAGGGAAUGGUACCUUUCCCAUCCUGGAACACAAAUAGGUCCUUUGGGCAUGUGUAAUAUUAGUGUCCUUCUUGUCACAAAACUAGUUUUCUUAGUUUUAAAUCUUAUAUGAAUGACAUUUAUACAUUUUAAAAACUUUUUUUAAAGGACAGCUGAAAGAGGCAAGAGGAAAACCAGGGCAGUUUCAGAGGCGUGGGAAGGGCUGCUGGACAGCAGUUUUAAGUGUAGUUUGCUUAGGCAACAUGACCUCACGUGCUGCCCCCCAGCUGCAUCCGGUGUCUGCAGCACUCCCAAGGAGCCAGCUUUUAGCACCUUUCCUUCCCCACCACUCUCUGCUUCCUCACUUAAUUCAGUAACAGACCCUCCAGUGUACACGCAGGUAGCUGCCCCAGCCGGUUUGGACUACAGGCCUGUGCUGGCGCAUCACCUCAGCUGGCCACCUUCUUGGCAGGGUGUAGAAGACCUGACACCUAUGACUAGCCUGGAGUCAGGAGCAGGGACUCUGACUCUUGGGAAGAACACACAUGAGGGCAAUGCUGCUGGCAGACUUUCCCAUUGUCCUGAUGUGGUCUGUUUUUUUGUUUUGUUUUGAAUUGACCGUAGUUAUUUUUUUAAAUCAUUGUUAAUGUAUUGAAAUGAGCUGUAGCACAUAUUGUGUGCUUAGUCUGUUUUUCUCCAUCUCCCUUUGGCUUCCUAGAGUCUGGACCUAGGCCAGGGCUGAAUGCCUUUACUCAAACCACAGGAAGGUUUUCUUUAAGUAGUGUGUGCAUGUUGUGCAUGGACGUAAGUUGUCCAGGGAGCUGUCAUUCUUAGCCCCACCUGCCAUUUCUGAGGCUUCAUGAUUGUGCCCUCUAGUCUUCAAAAGGAGAGGCUGGGAAAGGACUCUGCAGGCUGCUCACAGGACUGUUUACCUAGGGGGCCACUAGCAGCCAGAGAUGGCACAAGCUUGGCUCUGGACGCUGUUUCUUACAGUGUGCUCUAAGUGGCUAGAGUUGGGUGUUUUCUCAGAAUGUACAUGUGUCUCAUUUUUACUAGAAGAAAAUCUUAGCACAGCUAGGUUGUGCCAUUUUUCUUUUUGUGGCAUCAACGUUCCCCCGUAGGACCCCUUCAAGUAACAGUCUUCACAUUGUCCAUCCCCCUCUUAAGGAGCAUCGGCCACUUCCUAGAGUGGAUGGAAUGCAGGAAACAUACUCAAGAGAAUGUGGGUCACCAUGACGAUGUAGCACCCCCGAUGGGAGGUGUCAGUCAGCGGGGAUGACUUGGUACACAGGCACCUCCUCAGAAACACAGCUGUCAUGUAAAAGAAACUCACCUCUUGGGCAAACUGGAGUGAGAAAUUCUCAGUGAUUCUGUAAUUGAUUUUUGUUUUUUUUUUAAUGCAGAAAUAAUGGAUACUCUAGCAUUCUGGUGUUUUUAUAUUUAUGUAAUAAUUUCUUAAAACCAUUCAGACAGAUAACUAUUUAAUUUUUUAAGACAGUUGCAAAGGCCUCUCCCUUCUGAGGUCAGUGGCUGGAAGAGUUGGGUACAGCCAGUUCUGAAUGUUGGUGCCUUGAGGAGUGUAGUGGCUUUUUUGGCUCAGCAUCUAGAACUCCAAGCGAGGCUGGCUGCACAAGUGACAGUGUGUAACAUCAGGCAGCUCUGAGUCAAAUCUAGGCCUCCACAGGGAUCCUGGGGUGAAGACGCCACCCAGAGAGGGAGCCACUUUUAUCCAGGAGGCCUGCACUGCUGCCACUGCCAACAGGCUGUUCUGGACUCCUGUGUUGGCACGUGUCGGGGUGAAGACGAGAAUGUGGAGGAUGUUGAUUACCCUUCACUAUUCAGCCAGCCUGACCUUUUAAUAUCUUUGUAAAAAGCAUGUACUAUUUAUAGUGUUUUAGAUUUUUCUAAGUUUUGUAUCUUAAAAGCAGAGCACCUGUUCUGAGCAUUGUACCCCUACUGUUAAAGAUCCAUGUCCAUUCCCCUUCCCUUCCUCUUGUAAGUGCCCUUCUAAUAAACUUUUCAUUGAAAAGCUCCUA